AUGGCGUGCGAGGCAGAUGCGGCCGUGACGGUGCCGCGGGAGCUGCAGGAGCAGCUGCAUACCACCACCCACACGUAUAAGUCGGGGGCUGUGUACGAGGGGAUGUUUGCCGGCACGAAACGGCACGGGCGUGGUCGCUGGCACCACCCACAGGGGGAGACCUACGAGGGCGAGUACGUCGACAACAAGCAGGAGGGGCUCGGCAUCUACCGCUUUGACGCAUCCUGCAAGUGCUACCUAGGGCACUGGAAAGCGGGGGAGAUGGACGGGGAAGGAGUGUACUACUUCACGCCGGACCGUGGCACGUACUACGUCGGCGGCUACGCGCAGGACAAGAAGCAUGGCCGGGGAUUGUACUGCUACGAGAACGGCAUCGUCACGGCCCAGGUGUGGGCGCAUGGGGAGCUGCAGCUCGAGGAGGAGGCCACGCCGCUGCAGCGGGUCAAUGGCGAGCUGCAGGUGGAGGAAAUCACGGCCGCGGUGCGCUGCGUGGCACCGCGUGAGCUCGGCGAGCGGCCGCCUCCGUCGGAGGUGCGCACCUUCCAGUUUCCUUCCGGUGCCACCUACACGGGGCAGUACCACGGCACCAAGAAGCACGGCGUCGGGCACUGGGUGCAUCCCGAGGGCGACAGCUACGAAGGCCAGUUUGAACAGAAUCGGCACAGCGGCUGGGGUGUCUACGUGAUUGGCAGGAGUGGGAAGAAGUACGUGGGCCACUGGCGCGACGGCAAGAUGAACGGCGUGGGUGUGUACUACUUCAACAGUGCGGAGACGGAGUACUUUGUCGGUGCUUACAAGAACGACGUAAAGCACGGCUGCGGCCUCUACCACUUUGCCGAGCGCGGCAACAACAAACUGCAGCUGUGGGAGAAUGGCAGUCUGCGCAAGGAGACCGAGGCGGAGGCGGCGGUGGUGCGGGAGUACAACGCAGCGAUGCAGAAGAUCAUCGAGAUAGUGCUUCGGUUUGCUAAGCAAUACCAGCCGUUUCACACCUCGUAG